AUGGCAUUACAAACGGGAAUUAUUCCAAUCGAUGGGUUGGGCAAACCUGGUCCGAAAUCGGGAAUCGGUGGGCUGGGGGAGAAAUACACAAAAGGAAUCACAACGAAAGUACCUUGUGCUCUGCGACCAAUCCCCGUCAUACCUGUCCUCGUCCCGUUGCGUGGAUCACCCAGCGGACACAUAAAACAGCUUUUGGAAGCAGUCGAACAAAAGAGUUGCUGCCGGGGCAUCAAAAACUUGCAAAAGGGUCCAGGAGAAAUAGUAGAUGAUCCGGCGAAGCUUGAGGGAGCAACAAAGAUGGAGGGAGCAACAAAGAUGGAGAAGAUCGUGCAAAUAAUGCUCAUGUGGAUGCAAACACAUCCAAGUGACAUUAUCGAGAGGUCGUGCGAGUAUCUAGUACUGAGGCUCCGAAGCAGGGACUAUGACUAUGUCAACCCCAACCAUGCAUGGAUCAAUUUGAAUGACUCACUCCAGAUACGUCCAGAUCCCACUCUUGUGGUGGGAGCAAGUAACGAGGAGACGGGUACCACAAAUGAAAACUGCCUCGUUCAGUUCACCAAGGCAUUUCCUCUUGAGUUGGCGCUUGGGACUCGGACGCUACUUUCACUGGCAGGAGCGUCGACGAGGGAGUGGUCACUUACGUGCACCAAGGAGUCUAAGAUACGUGGUGUCCCGCAUGCAAGCUAG